UAUUUAUGGUAGUUUACAUGUAUAGGUUCUCUUCCGUAAUUAGGAAUCUUCUGUAACUAUUUAUACGAGGCUUCGCCCUCCGUUAUUUCUCAAUAGAAAAUAACAAUUCUUCAUGGUAUCAGAGCCUCUCGUUGCUCUCCGUCUCUCGUCCGACCCAGCGUAGGCAAAACCCUAGCCGUGCCGUCGCCGUCUCUCUCUCUCGGCCGAACAGCAGCCGCCGCCGUCUCUCUCUCCUCCAUCGGCAGUGCCCAGCCACUGUCUCUCUCUGGCGAUCUCCCUCCCCACGGCGAGCAACCACCCACCAGUCACCAUGUCCGAGAAGCCUUCCGUCACCGACUCGACGUCAUCUUCUCCAACUCCGCACUUGGCGUUCACCACGAUCUCGAACGUGAAGCUCCAUGUGCCGAUUCUCCUACGCUUCUCCGAACCCAACUACAAAAAGUGGAGCCGACUCUUCCUUCUUCUUAUUCGAAGGUUCUCUUUGGGCGAUUUCCUCACCGGCAAGUCAUCCCCUUCCAGCGCCGACGACUCGGAAUGGUUCCAACUUGACGCUCUCAUACAAGGUUGGAUCCUCUCCACGGUUAAUGAUGAAAUUUGUGAUCUUGUUCUCUCUACAACCAACUCCGCAUCCGAGCUUUGGAAAGCCAUCUAUAACAUCUUCCACGACAACAAGCCGGCCUGGGCGAUGCAACUUGCGGAUUGGUUGGAUGAUGUAGAUGCCACCGUCUCCGAACAACAACUUGUUCUUCAAGUCUUGCGUGGCCUCCCGGAUGAUCUUCGAGCACAAACAUCGUUCCUUCAAUACCAAACGCCGCCCCCGACCUUCCUCCAAACCCGUUCGGCCCUCCUCUUAAUUGAACAACAACGGGCUGAACUGGGCGUCGGUAGCAACACAGGGGAUGGUGGCACGACGUUAUACGCCCGGCAGUGGAGGCCCGCGGAGGCAAGGCAGCGCAGGUUUCCUUCUCAUGGUUCUGACACGGCUUAUCUUCUUCUUUAUGUGGACGACAUAGUCCUCACAGCCUCCUCCACUGCUCUUCUCACCCGCCUUACUCAGAAACUUAAGGGAGAGUUCGCCAUGACAGAUAUGGGGGACCUCAAUUUUUUCCUUGGGAUUAAUGUUCAACGCACUGGCGGCGGCCUCUUUCUUCACCAGACACAGUUUGCCCAUGAAAUCCUGGAACGUGCUGACAUGCUCCACUACAAGCCCAUCUCCACGCCAGUCGACACCAAAGCAAAGCUGUCAGCCACGUCCGGAACACCACUUCCGGACCCCUCCGUAUACAGAUCCAUCGUCGGCGCCUUACAACUGUAUCUUUAACACACAACACAUUCACACGGAUGUUAAAAGCUAAAACAUCAAUAUUAAUUGAAAUUCUCACAAAUACGGAGUAUCAAAUGUCCAGCAAGAAAAAAUUAAGGAGGAAUUUGAAUAUUAGCAAUGAUUUGAAGAUUAUACCAAAUAAAUACCAUUACACAAAAGAUUUUCAGGUUUUGGCACUGAAAUAUACUUUAAGAAACGAGAUCCGAGGGCUAGGGUUCAAGAUUUAGUGCCGGCAGCGCCUCCAUCAUCCUCGAAGUCUCCUUUCUCUCGCUCCCUGGCCUGUUCGCAUCAAGUAGGAGCUCUUCCCUUUCCGAUUUCAUGCUCUCCGCCGCGUGGAAGAAGAAAGAGAAGAGGAGAAUGAAUGGAUAACAAGUGAAUGGCUGAAGUUUUGCUACUGGAUGUCUGGAUAACACUGGAGAUAAUGAAUGGUGUGGGUUUGCUACUUGAAUGGAUA